AUGAGAAUGACAGCGUCAACUGAAGUUCCGUCGCGUCUCUUAACGCAUGCGACUGUUAUUACCGUCAAUAAGAGCCGGGAAGUCAUACUGGACGGCGCAAUCCUCAUCGGGCAGGGCCGCGUUGCGGCACUCGGAAAGACAGUUGAUCUCGUCGAACAACUCAAUUCGAACAAAGACCGAGAUGUUGAGAUUGUGGACUGCAAAAACAAGAUCAUUAUACCAGGCCUCGUCAAUACCCAUGCCCACCUCGCGCAAUCACUGCUACGUGGACUCGCCGAGGAUCUACCUCUACACAACUGGCUAUGCGAUUCCAUCUGGCCUUUAGAAGCAAAUUACGCCGAGGAUGAUGGUUAUGUCGCUUCGAUGUUGACUGUUGCGGAAAUGCUGAAGACGGGGACGACGUGCUUCCUGGAGGCUAUGCUUACACAUAGAAGCGGGCUCGAGAAUGUUGUCAGAGCAGUGGAAGAAAGCAGUAUCCGCGCGUGUCUGGGUAAAUUGAUUAAGGCCGCCGAGUCAAACCCGGACCUUAAUAUGGAAGAUGCUAGAGAUCGGGAUGUGGACUCUAUGUCGGUCGCUGCUGCGUUAUCAGCACACCAAAUGUACCAUGGCUCUUUCAACGAUCGUCUGCAUAUGUGGUUCGCUGCCGGCACACCUCGAGGCUCACCAAUGGCAGCUCAUUCCACAAUCGGCGAAGCUGCGCGAGCCCACGACAUUGGCCUCACUAUGCACUGUGCUGAGGCGCCCAAAGAUCUCACCAUCUAUCGAGACUAUUACCAAUGUAGUCCCUUUGAGUUCUGCCGAGAUACGCAAUUGACGGGCGCGAAGACCGUCUUCGCCCACUGCGUUCACCCUGAUCCAGCAGCUGGAGACCUCGGAAUCUUAUGCGAGAGCAAGAGUACAGUUUCGCAUAACCCGACCAGCAAUCUCAAGCUUGGGUCUGGUGUGGCGCCAAUACCAGAUAUGGUGGCGAAAGGUGUGAACGUAGCAUUAGGAACCGAUGGAGCACCAUGCAACAACACGUAUGACAUGUUCCGCGAGAUGCAUUUAGCAUCCAUUCUACAUGGCGGUGUCAGACAAAACGCUGGCGUACUGAGUGCAUAUGAUGUCUUGGAGUUUGCGACAAUCAACGGCGCAAGAGCGCUGGGACUGGAGGCUGAGAUCGGAAGUCUGGAGGUUGGGAAGAAAGCGGAUGUUGUCGUUGUGGAGCCGAAAAGCACAUCAUGUACCCCGUGGGAUCCGGCCGAGCAGAGUUCUGGUGGCAUGGACCCAGUCACGAUGCUGGUUCAUUCUUCUGGCGCAAAUGUCGAUACAGUCAUCGUAGACGGUCGGCUACUUGUCAGUAAUGGCAAGCUGUUGCACAUUGAUGAGGACGAGAUCAUACAGAAAGCGAAGAAGUCAGUGGCAGGCAUACGAAAAAGAAGCGGUGUGGGCGCACGGAAUCAUAUGUCGUUGAAUUAUAUAUAA